AUGGCUCAAGAAGAACAAGUUCAAGUCCCAAUGAAUGAAGAAAAACCAGAAAUUCCAAUGAAUGAAGAAGAACCAAAAAAGAUAAUUGUCAAAAAACACCGUCUUAUUGUAGAAGAAAGUAAAGAAGAUGAUAUGUCAAUUGUGUAUAUGAAUCCACAAAGAAUGGAAGAAUUAAAUUUUUUUGAAGGGGAUAGUAUUUUGAUUAAAGGAAAAAGAAGAAAAAGUACUAUUUGUAUUGUUAUGGCAGAAGAAGGAUUAACAGAAAAUAUGAUUCGACUUCAUCGAAUGACUAGAUAUAAUUUAAAAGUUAAAUUAGGUGAUG